CCAUUAACAAAGCGAACUCCCAGAACCAAAACCAACAAUUUUAAGACCCGCGCUUUCUCAGUUUCUAUUCACUGUCGCCCCGCCCUUUUCCAGCUCUGCGCUCUCCUCUCUUAUAUUUUCUCUUCUCCUCGCCCAAAUCAAAAUAAAAAUAAAUUAAAAGGAAAACAGAUUAAAAUUAAAGUUAAAAUGAAGCGCGUUUUCGAGGAAAUCUCUGACGAAGAAUGGGAGAACCACUCUUUCAAGCCUUCUCGUGUUUUGAAGAAAAACCCUAAUCCUCCUCCAAUUGAGUCUUUCGCUUUCAAUUCCCAAACUCAGGCUAGUUUUUCCGACCAAAGCAGCGAUGAUUGUGUCGAAAUCGAACAUUUGGCUGAUGAUUCCAACUUGGAAGACGACGUUGAGCCCGAGGAUGCCGGGCCGGUCAACCUUGCGCGUCGAUUCAUCGUUGAUGAAGACGAUGACGACGAAGAAGAUGGUGAUGGAAAAGACGGCAAUGAGAAUGCUUUUGAGGAGCUGUAUGACAUUGAGUCGAGUGAAGAAGAGCAAUUGCAAGAGGAUGACGUGGUGGGGAAGGCGUUGCAGAAGUGUGCGAAAAUAUCUGCGGAGCUACGGAAGGAGCUGUAUGGGAGUUCCGGUGCUUCUUGCGAACGAUACGCCGAAGUAGAAGCUUCUUCAGUGAGAAUCGUUACACAGAAUGAUAUUGAUGCAGCAUGUGCAGUGGUGGAUCCGGAAUUUCAGCCAGUUCUCAAGCCAUAUCAACUGGUUGGUGUAAAUUUUCUUCUUCUGUUGCAUAGUAAGGGCAUUGGUGGAGGGAAUGGUUGUUCAUUUUUCUUUAUGAUGCCAUGUACUAUGUUAAUAGCUAUAUUGGCAGAUGAGAUGGGUCUUGGGAAAACCAUUCAGGCUAUUACAUAUCUGACUUUGCUGAAACAUCUGAAAAAUGAUCCUGGUCCUCAUUUAAUAGUUUGUCCUGCCUCACUUUUGGAAAACUGGGAAAGAGAACUUAAGAAGUGGUGCCCCUCAUUUUCUGUACUUCAGUAUCAUGGUGCUGGCCGAGCAUCUUAUUCAAAAGAGUUGGGUUAUUUGUCCAAAGCUGGAUUGCCACCUCCAUUUAAUGUUCUUCUUGUGUGUUAUUCACUUUUUGAAAGACACAGUGUGCAGCAGAAGGAUGACCGUAAAAUUCUGAAACGAUGGAAAUGGAGCUGCGUGCUAAUGGAUGAGGCCCAUGCUUUGAAGGACAAGAACAGCUACAGGUGGAAAAAUCUAAUGUCAGUUGCUCGAAAUGCAAAGCAGCGUCUUAUGCUAACAGGCACACCACUGCAAAAUGAUUUACAUGAGCUGUGGUCUUUGCUAGAGUUCAUGAUGCCCGACCUUUUUGCCACUGAGUAUGUAGAUCUGAAGAAGCUACUAAAUGCAGAAGAUAGGGAGCUAAUUGGUCGUAUGAAGUCCAUCUUGGGACCAUUCAUCUUGAGGCGUUUGAAAUCAGAUGUGAUGCAGCAGCUUGUCCCAAAGAUACAGCAGGUUGAGUAUGUGAUUAUGGAAAAGCAUCAAGAAAAUGCUUAUAGGGAAGCUAUAGAAGAGUAUCGUACAAUUUCACGAGCACGCAUUGCAAAGUUAUCAGAACCUGACUUGAAUAAUAUCAUUGGGGUUAUUCCUCGGCGUCAGAUCUCUAACUAUUUUGUUCAGUUUCGCAAGAUUGCAAAUCAUCCAUUAUUAGUGAGGCGAAUAUAUGAUGAUGAUGAUGUUGGUCGCUUCGCUAAAAGGUUACAUUCUAUUGGUGUUUUUGAAUGUACCUUGGACAGAGUAGUUGAGGAAUUAAAGAAUUACAGUGACUUCUCCAUUCAUCAGCUUUUACUUCGUUAUGGAAUUACUGGUGGUAAAGGAACUCUUUCUGAUGAACAUGUUAUGCUUUCUGCUAAAUGCCAGGCAUUAGCAGAGCUUCUCCCUUCACUCAAGAGAAGUGGGCACCGUGUUCUGAUUUUUAGCCAGUGGACAUCAAUGCUUGAUAUCUUAGAGUGGACUUUAGAUGUGAUUGGGGUUACAUAUAGACGGCUUGAUGGAAGCACUCAGGUGACCGAUAGGCAGACUAUAGUUGACGAUUUCAAUAAUGACACUUCUAUAUUUGCGUGUCUGUUGUCCACGAGAGCUGGAGGGCAAGGUUUGAACUUAACAGGAGCUGAUACUGUAGUUAUUCAUGACAUGGAUUUUAAUCCACAGAUAGACCGACAGGCUGAAGAUCGCUGCCAUCGAAUUGGCCAAACAAGGCCAGUUACCAUAUACAGGCUGGUUACGAAAGGUACAGUUGAUGAGAAUGUUUAUGAGAUUGCAAAAAGGAAGUUGACUCUUGAUGCAGCGGUGCUAGAGUCUGGAUUGGAUGUAGGCAAUGAAGAUGACACAUCUGAGAAAACAAUGGGGCAGAUAUUAUCAUCCCUACUUAUGAGCUAGAACAAGAGUAUGUGAAAUUUUGGGGUUUUUUUUUUUUUUUCAGAUUCUUUAUACUUAUGUUGCACCCAUUGUUGUAUCAGCUAUGUUGAUCUUGAUAGUUAGGGUCACUUGGGGGGGAGGGGGAGGGGGGAACCUUCAAAUUGUUAGGGUAUGUCUUGCAUGGGUAAUAAUCAACACCGAACUCUCAACAUCAAUGUACCAGCAUAUCAUUGAGAACUAUUAAGAGGAAGGGACCGGUAUCAUUUGGUGGCUGUAGAGUUCAAGUUUCAAAUACCUAUCUCCCAAAUCGUCUCUUUUUGUUCUUUUUUCUUUUCAACAUGAAGAGCAUAUUAAUUGAUUAUGAUCUUAUACUAUAUCUGCCAUAGCAAAGAACAUUAGUAUCAUUAUGUCGAAAUGUCAAACUUAAAGAGAAUGAUAGUUAAUUUUAAUGGUACGUUUGUGUA